GUCAAGCCAAGUAAUACCCUUGAAAGGUGGUUUCUUCCUCCACUUCGACCUCUUCCUCUGCCAAGUAGUCCCUAAGUCGCACCACUACUUGGCCGGCUUUCUCAUCCAUUUUCAACAAACCGGGGUUCGCCCCGAUAUGGGCCGCUUCUUGCUCCUAUUCCGGCUAGCGAAGUCUUCCGGUCGCGCCCUCGGACUCGGGCUCCUAUGCUGCCCUCUUCCAAAAGCAGGAGAAGCUCUUCAAGACUAAGAAGGAUGUUGCUAAGAGCUGGAAGGGGAAGUUCAUAUUUGUUUCCCCUCCUUCGGGCUCUCCCUUCCGGAAGGAAGCGCACAACUCAUUUCGUCGUUGUGCCGCGCCCGUCACUUCGAAUAGGAUGGGGAAAUGACGCUCUCGGCCGUAGACAGGUUUCAGCUCAUGCUCCGAAGGACCCGGAGCAAAAGCUCUCAAGCCCCUCCUACCUCGAGCGCUCGCCCCCUACUCCACCUAUCAACUUGGCCUCUGGUGGGGCGCAUAAGGCGAAGAAGCGGAAGGAGGCGGCUUCGGCCUCGGCCACCCCGAGGGGAUCCGAGUCCCCUCACAUGACGGACUUCGGGCAUCCUUCCCCAGUCAAGGUGGCCUUUCCUCUUCUGCCUUCCUUCUCGAGGGGGGAAUACGAGCCAAAACCUUUCCUGUGGAGCUUCACUCCUCCUCCAGACCGUGAAGUGCUCCGUGAUGCUGAUAGCAAAGUCCUGACCUCGACUUCCCUUCGGGAGUUGGGCUCGGCGGCGAUGCGCUUUGCCGAGGUGAGCCAGCGGCCACGGCUCACCAAGGAGGAUAGGACAAAGGCCCAUGCUGAGAUGGCGGCCUUCCAUGAGAAGAUGGUUGCUGCCGAGGAGUGUGCUCGCCAAGCCGAGGAGCGCGCUUGAGCUGCGGAAGAGUAGGUCAAGGAGGCGGCUCGCAAGGCCUGGGUCGCG